UCCGAUGAUGGGGUGGGGGUUCAUCUGCAGGUUGUGCCUUCGGGGGGCAUUUCUAUGCGCUGGAGGAGACGUGGCACCCUGACUUGGGGGAGCCGUUCGGGGUGAUGCGCUGCGUGAUCUGCCAUUGCGAGACGCAGAGGAAUCGCCGAGGGAAACCAGUGGGGAAAGUGAACUGCAAGAACAUGAAGCAGGAUUGCCCUGUUCCCACCUGCCCUCGUGCCACACUGUUGCCCGGGCACUGCUGCCACACCUGUCCCAAAGCUUUGCCAGGACCCCUGGAGAAGAGCUCCGAGCCACCUUUCGACACCUUUGAGUACUUCCAGGACAAGGAGGAUGAGCUGGACAAGCCGUACAACGACCGCUCCUACCUCAGCUCCGAGGGUUUGGCACGCGAUGAUGCCCGCACAGAAUUUGUGGCCCUGCUGACAAGUGGCCCAGAGCCGUGGCACCCCACAUCCAGCGCGGUGGCCAAGGCUCGCUUCACCCUACUGCGCUCCUACCUGCUCUUCUCCAUCAGCUACGAGCGGCUGGGCCGGCCGAGCCGGGUGCGUUUCAGCGACCCCGAGGGCACCGUGCUGUUUGAGCACCCAGUACAGAAGAGCGCAGCCCCUGAGGAUGGCAUGCUCUGUGGGAUGUGGAGGACGGUGUCCAAAGCCAACAUACAGUUGCUGCGUGCAGAGCAGCUCCGCGUGUCCCUCAUCACCCGUGCGCAGCCCUCUGGAGAGGUGCACGGGCACAUCCUCAAGCACCGCGCGCUCUUUGCAGAGACAUUUGGUGCUAUCCUGACCUCAUCAGACCCCGCACAUCUUGGGGCCGGGGGCAUGGCCAUGCUGACGCUGAGCGACACCGAGAACAACCUACACUUCAUCCUCAUGGCCCGUGGGCUGCUGGAGCCGGGCGCUGGGGAGUCCCCCUGGGUACCGCUGCGGGUCCGCAUCCUGCAUCAGGGCCAGACGCUGCGUGAGGUCCACGCCAACAUCACUAUAGAGGACCCCGACUUCGCAGAGGUGCUGAGUGACUUGUCCACCCAUGAGCUGCAGUGGUUGGCACAGGGGCAGCUCCGCAUCGUGGCUGACACCGAGGGUCAGCACCCGCGCCAGCUGGAGGGCACCAUUACUGCCCGCCGCAGCUGUGACACCAUCCAAAGUGUGCUGUGCGGCGCAGACGCAUUGCAGCCCACCAAGACGGGGGCGGUGGGCUCAGCCAAGCUGGCACUGCAUGAGAACGGCACGCUGGAGUACCAGGUGCGAGUGGUGGGCACAGCCAGCGAGGUGGUGGGGGUCACACUGGAGACCAAACCUCGGCGGAAGAACAAGAGGAACGUCCUCUUUGACAUGACACCCAGCUAUAGGGACGGGCUGGCUCAGGGAGUGUGGCACAGCCCCAGCGCCCGCGAUGCACACAUGCUGCUGCAGAACGAGCUCUUCCUCAACGUGGCCACCAAGGACUGGGUAGAGGGCGAGCUGAGGGGCCAGGUCAUCUCCCUGCCCUACAGUGGGCUCUUGGCGCGCUACACAGAGAUGCCGGUGCCAUUGGCGGGGCAGCUGGUGUCCCCCUCGGUGAGCAGCGGGGCCGGGGGCCAUGCAUGGCUGUCGCUGGAUGAGCACUGCCACCUGCACUACGAGAUUGUGGUGGCGGGGCUGGGCCGCCCAGCUGAUGGCACAGUCAGCGCCCAGCUGCACGGUGUGGCCGAGCUGGGCGAGAUGGGCUCACGGCCGCACCUGCACAAGCGGAUGCUCAAGGGGUUCUAUGGCACUGAGGCUCAGGGGGUGGUGAAGGACCUGGACGCUGAGCUGCUGCAGCACCUAACACAGGGCACUGCGUUCCUGCAAGUCAGCACCAAGGCACACCCACGUGGGGAGAUGCGGGGAUGGGUGCACAUCCCCAACCGCUGCCAGGCAGGAGGGGCCCGCCUGUCCACUGGGGAGGCUGAGCUCUCAGAGGGCCCUAAAAGCAGGGAUGUGGAACAGCUGAAAAAGGACCCUAACUCCUGCUUCUUCGAGGGGCAGCACCGUGCACAUGGCACCCGUUGGGCACCUGACUACGACAAGAAGUGCUCCAUCUGCAGCUGCCAGAAGCGCACAGUGAUCUGCGAUCCCAUCCUGUGCCAGCCCCUCAACUGUACCCGCCAGGUGCACCCUGAAGAGCUGUGCUGCCCCGUCUGUGAAGAGAAAAAGAUGGAGCAGGAGGAGCUGAAACUGGAACGGGCACGGGACAGCAGUGAGGGCUGCUACUUUGAUGGGGACAAGACGUGGCGAGGCUCUGGCACCCGCUGGCACCCCGUCGUGCCGCCCUUCGGCCUCAUCAAAUGUGCCAUCUGCACCUGCAAGGGCACCACAGGCGAAGUGCACUGCGAGAAGGUGCAGUGCCCACGCCUCACCUGUGCCAACCCUGUGCGCGUCAGCCCCUCCGACUGCUGCAAGCAGUGCCCAGCCCCUGAGAAGAGUGUCCCUGAGCUGACCGAUGGCAUGCAGGCAGAUGGACCCCGUGCGUGCCGCUUUGGGCGCCGCUGGUACCUCAACAAUGAGAGCUGGCACCCCUCGGUGCCACCCUUUGGGGAGAUGAAGUGCAUCCUGUGCUGGUGUGUGUCAGGAGAGACGCACUGCCAGCGCCAGGAGUGCCCGCCAGGUGCCUGUGCCAGCCCCAGCAGGAGGGACAACCCCUGCUGUGCCAAGUGUCGCUCCCUGGAUGCACCCCCAGAAAAGAUGCACGAAGCAACAGCAGAGUCAUGGAGCCACUGAGCAGUGAGCGCAGCUUGACAGCGCAGUGAUGCCGGAUGGCCCUACAGAGCCCCAUCGCCCCCGCAGGGCUGGGCACGGGGCACAGAGGAGCGGGGAUGGGAAAGGCACCCCCUCUGGGCACGGCUGCAGUGCUGAGCCACCCUAGUAGCCAGCAGCAGGGCUGGGGGAGCCGGGGCACUCUGCACUCCCACUCACGAGCUCCUGGCUGGUGGGUGCAGCAGGCAUUGUGCCCGCUUUGUACAUAGUGUAAAAUCCCUCUCACCCCCGUCUCGCUGUGCCCACCCCAGUUCGUCUGGACUUGGUGUGUAAUUUAUAGGGACGGGGGUCCCGAAUGUAUUUAUUAAAGACAGAGAUAUUGCCCACUGUU